UUGCGUCUCGUUUUUAGCGGUCGGUUUUGCAUCGUUUAUUCGUUUGAAUGGUGUGAUGUCUUGAUUAUUUUUUUGGCCUCUUCCUUACAAGUGCGAUACUAACUUUUGUACAAAAUAUUGAGAACUGAUUAUUUCUGAAUCGUCAGUCCUUUCCUUUACGAUUGGUCGCCGAAACUUUGACUUUAUCGUUGUCCUAUUGUCCGCUGUAAGUUGUAAACAUUCCGUAGAGGUUAAAGAACGCAAGAACCGGACUUGUGAAACUGCAGCUAAUCGUCGUAUAUGUUAAAUACACACAUUUGCCGUGAGUAAAACAAGAGAUAUGAAUACGCCGCAUUCUAACAAGAAGAAAGGUAGGAACAGAAUAGGUAUGCAUAACGAGAGCGCGAGCCCUACAAACGCUGAGACUCUCAGCAGUCAAGAAUUAGCGAAAUUUGUCUUGGUAAAUCCUAUCGGAGAAGAAGGAAACAAACCAAUUAAGUUGUCCAUCACUGAUAUUGUCCCUAUAAUUUCUUUGGAUGAAAGUAUGUUGGAUGAGAAAGCACAGAAAAAUAGCGCAGCAUCAGCGGAGAAAGAAAAGGAAGAGAAGAAUGUUCUUAGCACUUUGCCUGUUGCAACAGUCAAGGAAAUAGAAGGCUAUGAGAAUCAAUUAGGAGAGGCCGAGUCACUUCCAAAUUCUUACAUUAGAUUUAUGGAACGCAGCGGCGAAGAGCUUGAUGGAGAAGUGGAAUAUGAUCUGGAUGAGGAGGACACUGCAUGGCUUUCUAUCGUAAACGAAAGGAGACAUGUCUCUGGCUUGUCACCACCAUUGGAGGCCGAUGUAUUCGAACUAUUGAUGGACCGACUGGAGAAAGAAUCAUAUUUCCAACAACAAAGCAAUGGUGGAGCUGGUAUCGCAGCGGACGAAGAUGCUGUUUGUUGCAUUUGCAUGGACGGAGAAUGCCAGAAUAGUAACGCAAUCCUGUUCUGCGACAUGUGCAAUCUCGCCGUUCACCAGGAUUGCUACGGUGUACCGUACAUACCAGAGGGGCAAUGGUUAUGUAGAAGGUGCUUGCAGAGUCCGUCCAGGGCUGUUGAUUGCGUGCUUUGUCCUAACAGAGGCGGCGCUUUCAAGCAGACCGAUCGUCCGGCUAAAUGGGCGCACGUGGUGUGUGCUUUGUGGAUACCGGAAGUAAGAUUUGCCAACACUGUGUUCUUAGAACCGAUCGACAGCAUCGAGAGUAUCCCGCAAGCGCGUUGGAAACUCACGUGUUGCGUGUGCAAACGCAGAGGGUCCGGCGCGUGUAUCCAGUGUCAUAAGAGCAACUGCUACGCGGCCUUCCACGUGACAUGCGCCCAACAAGCCGGCCUGUGCAUGCGUAUGCGGACGGUACAGCCGAAUAACGGCGAGCCGAUGUUGGUGCAGAAGACCGCUUACUGCGAAACCCACACGCCCGUCGAUUACCAACCCUCCACUAAUCCAACGGACGCGAGGAGGAGAGCGAUAGCUAAUAAGAAAAGCUCCUCGGCACCCGUUAUUUCUAUUCCUACGAUACCGCCAGAGAGAAUCCGAGAGAUCGCUAGUCUAGCUGAGGGAUUGCCGAAGAAAAGUCAACUGAUACAACGCCUGAUCGCCUAUUGGACGCUGAAACGGCAAUAUAGGAACGGUGUUCCGCUUCUCAGGCGGCUGCAAAGCUCGCAUCCACAGUCGAGACCGCCUCCGCUCGCGGAGAACUCCUCGCCGACGCACGACAAUGAAUUACGGAGUGAGUUGUAUCGUCAGCUUAAAUAUUGGCAAUGCCUGCGUCAAGACUUGGAACGCGCGCGACUGUUGUGCGAAUUGGUGCGGAAACGCGAGAAGUUGAAGAAAGAGUACAUCAGAGUGAAGGAGCGAUGUUUAUGGUAUGAGUUGCAACCACUGCAAUGCAUUUUAAAUAUAUUACUCAAGGCUAUAAAGUCGAAGGACGUGAACGACGUAUUUGGGCAACCAGUUAAUACUAAAGAAGUACCGGAUUAUCUCGAGAUUGUGUCGCAUCCUAUGGAUCUUUCUACCAUGCAGGCGAAAUUAGAAAAACAAGAGUACGAUUCCAUCGGGGCUUUCGAGGCCGAUUUCAAUUUGAUGGUGAACAACUGUCUCGAGUACAAUCGCAAGGAUACCAUGUUUUAUCGUGCAGGAGUGAAAAUGAGAGAACAAGGUGGAGCGCUGAUAGAGCAAGCUCGUAAGGAGUACCCUGAGCUCGAUCCGGUCAUCGAAUCUGAACAGGUUGCCUCUAAAUCCAGGAAAAGAGAAAGAACUAAUCGCAGUCGCGUCGAAACGGAAGCGCAGUCCACCGAGAAGGAGGUCUCGGGCAGCGGUGGUGUGAACAGAAGAACGGCGGUGCUGUUUACGCGUAAAGCCAGAGCGCGCGCCAGUAGAAGCGGCCAGAUGUUCGUUCCAGAGGACGACAGGAAGAAACAAAGCGACAGCUUUAAGGUGUACAGGAGCGGGACAAUGGAUAGUGAUGUCGGCGAGGGAGAAAGCCAAUCUUCGAGCUGUAGUAGCUGUCCCACAAGUAGAUCAACUACUCCUGACCGGGAAGUAGAGAAACAACGACAAGAGAUCGUCGACGCGAAGAAGGAAAACGAAAGUAAACAGACGAGUGCCAGCAGUGGUCUGGAAGCGUUGCAGCUAGUCUGGGCCAAGUGUCGCGGAUAUCCUUGGUAUCCAGCGUUGAUCAUUGAUCCUAACACACCCCGAGGUACUGUGCAUAAAGGAGUGCCGAUCCCGGCACCGCCCGAUGACGUACUGGCGCUGGCGGACAAUUACAAGGAUCCAGUCUUCCUGGUGCUUUUCUUUGACACAAAGCGCACAUGGCAGUGGCUGCCAGGUGAAAAGUUGGAGAAACUUGGAGUAUCGCAGGAAGUGGACGAUGCAAAGCUAAUCGAGUCGCGCAAACCCACUGAUAGAAAAGCCGUAAAAAAAGCGUAUCACGAAGCCUUGCUUUAUCGUAAACAAACGCAUAACACUAUGUUAAAUAGUGCAUCGAACGGUUAAAUGUCAUAAAUAUCGAUGGAGAAGUUAGGAAUGUUGUAAGUAGUACUUUUACUUACUUAUUAUAGAUUUUAUUUCAUUUUACUUUUCAAUUCUUUAAUUUAUUAUAGAGUUAACUCUUCGCGAUCGUAUGCCCAGUGUUGCUGGGCAUCGAUUUUAUCUCUGUGAUUCCUAUGUACACCAAGUAAAAAUCGUAUUUGAUGUUUAGUUUAAUACAAAUAAAAUCAUAUUUUUAUUACCAGGAAAACGAUAUGUUUUAAUUUUUCGAGUAUCUUUUUCACCUUAAUUCAGAUUUGCUAUAAUACAUUUUGAAUAUAAUUAAAGAACGGCAAGGUGUGUUGGUAAUUAUAUAAGUACAUAAAAAAGUUCUCGUAUUUAAAUGGUAAAUAGAUAUUUCAUAAUUUUAUAAUUUAUAAUAAUUUUUAUCAUUUUUCGUGACGGCGGAAUUGAUCGCCAAACGGGAGAACUUUACAUAUUGUAAAGCAUAUAUUUUUACUGCUUUUGGUAUGAUAAUCUUUGUACGAUUUUAUUAUAAUUGAAUUGUAUACAUGGAAUAAAUCUUGGACAUAGAACAAUA